AUUUCUUUUUCCCGCGAGCUAAUCGUUGUUACGUUGUACAUGCCGAGUGCAUAAUUACAAUGACAAAAAACUGCACCGACAGUCGACACCGCCCCGUAUAUUCCCCCUUUGGCAUAUCUUUACACAUAUACAAUCGUAUGACACGAGUUUCGCUCAAUUUUAGGUUAUAGCUAUACACUCUCGCAUAUUUGUCUGCCGUUUAUCUGUGUGAGUGUACGCAUAGCUCUUCGUGAUAACGUGAUCUCGUUUUUUUCACGUACGUAUAGCCUCGCAGCCGAAAUUCUCGUCGUGUUUACAUUGGACCGUUUUUAUAUACAUUGACUUCAGGCAACUUUUACAUUUUUCAUGCUAGCGGAUGCCAAAUUCAAGAUCGAUAUUUACGAGUUUUCGAAAAGAAGGGAAAAUGAUGCAAGAUGAGGACAUUCAAUCUUCCUCAAAAGGAAACAUUUGUACCCAAGCAUGGACUAGAUUGUCACAGGUCUGUAAUACCUAUCAAGGUUGGCUGGAUUCUUGGACACCACAUACUACAUCCAGAUGGGUAGUUGCAUUUUUCUUAGUUAUUACAUUUGUGCUGCGAAUAGUAUUAUCUCAGGGAUGGUAUGUUAUUGCAUACGCAUUGGGAAUUUAUCAUCUAAAUCUUUUUGUAUCAUUUCUCACCCCAAAAAAUGACCCAGCCAUGGGAAUUGAAGAUAAUGAUGGACCUUCAUUACCAACGCGGUCUAAUGAAGAAUUCAGACCCUUCAUCAGAAGAUUACCUGAAUUCAAAUUUUGGUACUCUGUGUGUAAAUCCACUCUCAUAGGUUUAAUUUGUACAUUAUUUGAAUGCUUCAAUGUACCAGUAUUUUGGCCAAUACUAGUCAUGUAUUUUAUCACGCUCACGUGUAUCACAAUGAGACGUCAAAUAAAGCACAUGAUCAAGUAUAGAUAUAUUCCUUUUACGUAUGGAAAACCAAAGUACCAAAAUCACUUGGAUGGAAAGUAAUUUCUUAUCAAGUCGAAUGAAGAAUGUCUGCUAACGAACGAAACGAAAUCGUGUACGUGGGUAGAUUACUAUAUAUUAUAAAUCUUACUUGUUUGUUUAUUUUUGAGAACUAUUUCAAAUCAGCUAUAAAUGCAUUUUUGUUUUUAUGACAAUUUAUAACACAUGAACUAAUGCAUUGUUCCAAACUUUUGAUAAGUUGGAAAGCCAAGAGUGAAUGUGUAAGUGUUAUUAAAAAUUGUUUUGUAAGAGGAGAUUCUUGGUGCAGUAUAAAUGUGUGGUGUAUCUUUAAUAACAUUGAAUUGUCUUAAUAUAUUUGUAACAUAAAUAUUGUACAAAGUAUUGUUAGAUCUUACAUGAUUAUGGACAAAAUAAUAACAUUAAAAACAAUAAGCAUUCGUUAUUGUGUUAGAUCAACUUAUUGUGAACAUUGAGAAAAA